CCGGGCCGCAUCGCAUUCGCCAUCCCUUCGGUUCAUCGGAACGUGUCCAUUCAGUCACAUUUUAGACGCCAUCGGUUUCGGUCUCAUUUUGAAUCGCGGAGCGGAUGCUGUGUUUUUCUUCGCGCUCUCUAGUUUGUCGCCAAAGUUGUCGAGGAUUGUUUUGAAAAGGGCCGGGGAUAAGGUUUGUGGCAUAAUUUGUGCGGCGUGGCGAAGUUGUGAUAGUGAAUUGAGCGAAGCUUGCGUCGCUGUGGGGCUGUCUGAGGGAAAAACAACGAGAUUGUCUCGUGACAGUCAAGCCCAAGAAGUGUGUGGAAGAGAGAGUGAGGAAUGGGAAAAGUGUCGGCGGCGGAGUGGGAAGCCGUAAUCCAUUGAAAAUAUAAAGUGCAAAGGCUUAACGGGAUUGGUUGGAAAAAGGAGAGCAAAAGAUUCUUGAAGAGGAAUCAUAAGCAAUUGGUGCGAAUUUGUGGCCAAAAGCGAGGAGUGGAAGAAAAGUUGGAAAUUCAAGUUGUGCAGCUGUGUUUGUGUUUCGCGAAAUAAUAUUAAUGUCGGCACGGUAUUGAAAUACAAAAAGAGUAGAAUUUGUCCGGUGCGGGAAAAUGAAGAACGGAAAAAAGUAGGAAAAGAUGUGUGGUGCAGAAAGCAUCGUAAGCUGCGUUGUUUAUCGCCGUCGAUUAUUACCCUCGUCUUUAAAAUGAAGUAAUACAAAACGAACGAGGAAAUUGCGGCUUAUGUGGAGAAGAGUAUAAUGAAGCUAGUGAAAACAAGUGAAGGAGAUCAUAAAGCGGGUGUAAAGAAUGAGCAAAAUGGCAAAUGUGUACUCAGUGUGGAGCCCCAUUGUCCUCCUGGUGCUGGCUUAUGCAAAUGUAGGAUUAACCAUUCAGCAGCAGGAGUCGUACGGUACGCAGGAAAUGACCGGUCUCAGUGCGGACGAGUUUCAGCAUCACAAUCGCUGCGAACCGAUAACGAUUCCCUUUUGCACGGAUAUUCAGUACAACAAGACCAUUAUGCCGAAUCUACUCGGUCAUACCAAGCAGGAGGAAGCGGCUCUGGAGGUCCAUCAGUUUAUUCCGUUGGUCAAAAUUGACUGCAGUCCGGAUCUUAAGUUUUUUCUAUGUUCCCUGUACGCACCGGUUUGCACCAUACUGAGUUAUCCGAUCCCACCGUGUCGGAGUCUGUGCGAAAGUGCACGCGUAUGCGAAAGCAUUAUGCGGACUUUUGACUUCCAGUGGCCGGAGAAUCUCGAGUGCAGCAAAUUUCCGGCCGAUGGCAAAGAGCUGUGCGUGUCGCAGAAUAAUUCCUCCGAGAGUACGCCGAUUCCGCCGAGUGCGAUCCAUACUACCAAGCCGCAGGCUCCAAGGAAAAUCACCCCUCCCAGUGUGCCCCAUCGCGACCUGGGCUUCAUCUGUCCAGUCCAGCUGAAGGCACCGACAAUCAUGGGCUAUCAACUGACGGUCGGCGGGAAGGUUACGAAAGACUGUGGUGCACCCUGCAACUCGAUGUUCUUCUCGGAGAGUGAACGAACCGUGCUCAAGUAUUGGGUCGGCUCGUGGGCAGCCGUAUGCGUGGCAAGCUGCCUCUUCACGGUGCUCACCUUUCUGAUCGACUCCUCGCGCUUUCGCUAUCCGGAGCGGCCGAUCGUGUUCCUAGCGAUCUGCUAUCUGAUCGUGGGCUGUGCCUACGUGGCGGGCCUCGGUGCCGGCGAUUCGGUAGCGUGCCGGGAAGCGUUUCAGCCGCACAUUAAACUGGGCCGGAUGCAGAUGCUGUCGACCAUCACGCAGGGUCACCGCCAGUCAACAUCGUGCACGAUACUGUUUAUGGCGCUUUACUUCUGCUGUAUGGCCGCUUUCGCCUGGUGGGCAUGUCUGGCACUGGCCUGGUUCCUCGCCGCCGGCCUCAAGUGGGGUCACGAAGCGAUCGAGAACCGGUCCCAUCUGUUCCAUCUGGUGGCGUGGGCCAUACCCUCGGUGCAGACGAUUUUCGUGCUCGCACUCGGCAAGGUGGAAGGUGAUGUCCUGUCCGGGGUUUGCUUUGUUGGCCAGCUGGACACCCACUCGCUGGCCAUGUUUCUGCUGAUUCCACUGUGCAUCUAUCUGUCGCUGGGGGCAAUUUUCCUGCUGGCAGGGUUUGUGUCCCUCUUUCGCAUCCGGACCGUCAUGAAGCACGACGGCACCCGGACCGAUAAGCUGGAGCGACUGAUGCUGCGGAUUGGGUUCUUCAGUGGACUGUUCAUCCUGCCGGCGUUGGGCUAUUUGGGGUGUUUGUUCUAUGAGUACUACAAUUUCGACGAUUGGAUGAUUCAGUGGAAUCGAAAGAUGUGCAAAGUGUUCUCGAUUCCAUGCCCGGCUGUUAAGUACAACAGCAGCAUGAAUCCGGAGGAGGAGAAGCCCAUCUUCCACAUCUACAUGGCGAAGUACGUGUGCUCGAUGCUGGUCGGGGUUACGUCCAGUGUUUGGCUGUGGUCCGGCAAAACCGUGGUAAGUUGGAGACAGUUUGCAGAGCGAUUACAAGGCAAGGACAGCCGGAGCCGAGGGGCGUAUGUUUAGUAGUCAUUCGGAAUGAUCGAUAUGUGGAAUCAACCCGCCGCGAAAGAACGUCACAGUUGAGUACGAAGAGUUCCGCAAGUUGUCACACCUGGCUUCUCGGUGAUCAGCUCGCUCUCAAUGAAACCAAAUCAAAAAUAAUCGUUUAUUUGUGUAGAGCAGCAUGAUAGAUUUUUUAGAUUCACGAUAGAAAGCAUCUAAUCAAAAUAAGGUGUUAGAACUUUUACCCUCUAGAGAAUAUAUCGGUAGUUGUCUGAAGUAUCCGCCUCCCUUUAGGGGAUAAAAAUGCUAUUAGACUCUUGCUUCGGUUCUAUACCCGCAAGCGAGACGUUUUUUUCAUUGUUUCAUUCCGACGUUCGUUCGAACGAACAAUGCCAAAUGUGUAGAGAGUUCAACAAUUUUCUGUUGAGAAAAAUAAUACUAGCCUUUAGUUUUGUAAGUUGAAUUUUAGUCAAGAGCUACUUAAGUGAUUGUUAGGUACCGAACUCGUUAUCUCUGACACGUGCACUCAGUUUUUUACCUCUAGUUGAUAGGAUUGUGUUACUUAAGGUGAUCAAACUGUGUCAUAUUAAUAGACUGCGAUUGAAACGAACAAAAAAAAAAGAUAAAGCGAGAAAAAGAAAUAAUUUCUAUGUUAAAGCGAUUGUAUAAAGAAUAUCUGUAAUUAUAUAUACACACAUACAAACCUAGGCUACUAGUUGAUGACCACGCCGCGAAUCUUUUUUUGAGCGAAGCCCAAUCCAUUUGGGAAAUUAUACACCGUGUUGGUAUUACUCGUGGAAUCACCCGCUGAAGACCCCAUCAACUUAUUAAUAAACCAUUUCAAAGAGAACGAAAAACGCGUAGCGCUCU